AUGCCUACUACAAGAAGUUCUAAGCGACAUACUGUUAUUCCAAACGGACUUAGUGAAGAAGAAGUUGACUCGUCCGAGUCAGAAGAUGAAAUUAGUACAAUCAAACGUACUUCAUUACAUGAAUCAACAAUGAGCGAACAAUCUUCAUCUAGUGAAGAAAGUGACGUCGAAGAAGUUGUACAAAAGGCUCCACCAUCAAAAAAGAAGAAGACACUGAAUUGGAAAAAAAAAUUUUUUUCAGCUCCAGCAGCAGCUUUUACUGACAAUUUGCCACCACCACCAGUAAAUGAAGAAUUAGAGCCAAUUAAUUAUUUUCAUUCUAUGUUCGGCAAGCAAUCCAUCACACUUUUGUCAGAUCAAUCGAAUUUAUAUUCAGUUCAAACAAAUUCGAACAAGCCUCUUUGUAUUUCAGAAAAUGAAAUGGAACAUUUUAUUGGUGUACUAAUAAUGACUGGAAUAUAUUCGUUUCCACAACAGCGUUUCUUUUGGAUGAAUGCCACUCGUGUUGAAUCCAUAUCUUCAGUUAUGAGUCGGGAUCGAUUUUUACAAAUUAAAAAAUAUAUACAUGUUGUUGAUAAUUCAAGUCAACCAAAUAGAAAUGAUUUAAAUUUUGAUCGAGCAUAUAAAGUUCGUCCAUUAUUGAAUAUUGUCAAAGAGAAUUUCAGAAAAAUUCCAAAAGAAGAAAAAUUAAGUGUUGAUGAACAAAUAAUACCUUUUAAAGGACGAAGUAUUAUGAAGCAGCAUAUGCCAAAGAAACCGAAUCGUUGGGGUUACAAAAUGUUUGUUUUGGCCGGUGGUGAAAGUGGUAUAUGCUAUGACUUUAUUUUUUAUACUGGUAAAGGUGAUAAGACAGAAUAUGGAUUUUGCACAAAUAUUGUUCUUGCACUUUGUGAAACAGUACCACGUUCAAUCAACCAUAAACUUUAUUGUGAUAAUUUUUAUACAACAAUUCAAUUACAAGUGGAAUUACACAAAUUGGGAAUUUAUGCGGUUGGUACGGUAAGAGCAAAUCGAUUACCUGGUUUGGUUAUGAAAAAUGACAAUGAUUUAUCCAGUGAAGGACGUGGUGCAAUGGAUCAUCGUGUUACUGAAGUUGAUGGUGUUCAAAUUUGUGCAAUCAAAUGGUACGAUAAUAAUAUUGUUAACUGCCUUUCAACAUUACAUGGUUGUCAUCCAAUCGAUUUGGUACAACGAUGGUCAGCCAAAGAAAAAAAACAUAUACAGAUCACAAGACCGAAUGUUAUAAAAGCUUAUAAUCAACAUAUGGGAGGUGUUGAUUUGAUCGAUAUGUUGAUUUCACUCUACCGUAUCAAUGUCCGGUCACGGAAGUAUUACAUUAAGAUCAUUUUUCAUCUAAUUGAUUUAUCAGUAGUAAAUGCUUGGCUUUUGUAUCGCCGCCAUUGUUUACAACUUAAAAUUUCAAAAAAGAAGACAAUGUCUUUAUUAACAUUUCGUAUUAGUAUAGCUGAAGCAUUGCUUAAAUCUAGUCCAUCGCCACCAUCACCAGUGAAACGAGGUCGUCCAUCAUUAGAAUCAGUAACUAAUGAAAAUAGUCCUCGAACAUCAUCUAGAGCUGCGCCUAAUCCACUUCCACCAACAAGUGUUCGAUUGGAUAAAUUUGAUCAUUGGCCUGUUCCCACAGUGAAAGGCCGCUGUCGAAAUCCUGGUUGUGUUGGCCAAACAAGAAUAUCAUGUUCAAAAUGUGAACUACGUUUAUGUUUGAACGAUAAAAAUAACUGUUUCAAAGAGUAUCAUAAUUAA